GUGAACAAUACCUACACAUGAUAAGUGUGAAACGUGUUUUUAUAUAGCUUAAUCAACAGUGUUCCGGAGACAGAGUAAUAAAAAUCUCGAAAAAUGAAUGGAAUUAUUCCUGAAAUGGAACAGAUUAUUAGUCAACUUGAAAGAGGUACCGUAGUGACUAAGUUCUUUCCGAGAAAACGGCCGGAAAAGAAAACUCUUAUGAUUAGGAGAGAAACAAGACAAAUUGUUUGGUCUAGGAGUGCAACUUUUAGACCUUUCGACGGUUCAGUGGAAAUACGAGAGGUCAAAGAAGUUAGGAUAGGAAAACAAUCUAAAGACUUUGAAAAGUGGCCUGAAGAUGCUAAGAGAAUUGAAAAUUUAAGAUGUUUUGUGAUAUAUUAUGGAUCAGAAUUUAGACUGAAAACUCUUUCCAUAUCUGCUCUUAGUGAAAAAGAAUGUGAGCUAUGGGUCAAGGGAUUGCGUCACUUAGUACAAGACACUAUAAGUGCACCAUAUCCAUUACAAGUUGAAAGGUGGCUUAGAAAAGAAUUUUACGCGAUGGAAAAUUCCCGUGAAACGGUCACAUUGAAAGAUGUGAAAGCAUUUUUACCUCGGGUUAAUUGCAAAAUUGCUACAAAUAGACUCAGAGAAUUGUUCCAAGAAGUAGAUACGAGAAAUCGGAAUGAACUUAGUUUUGAUGAUUUUGUCAUUCUGUACCAUAAAUUAAUGUUUGAUCAAAAUAAUUUUGCGGAUUGGCACAAACUGUUGAAUUAUUCUAAAACUGGACAAACUAUUACUCUCCAAGAAUUUCAAAAUUUUUUAGUAACUGAGCAGCAAGACAGAUUGGGGAAUAAUGAGUUAGAAAUAUCGCGUUUCAUUAGAGACUACUUGCAAGAUUCUCAAAGAGACAUACAAGAGCCAUACUUUACUGUUUCAGAAUUUAUAGACUUCUUAUUUUCUAAGCAUAACGACAUAUGGAAUCAAAAAUUCAACCAAGUUUCUCAAGAUAUGACUCGGCCCCUUGCAUAUUAUUGGAUAGCGUCAUCGCAUAACACAUACUUGAUGGGAGACCAGAUUAGCAGUGAAAGCAGCUGUCAAGCCUAUGUCCGCGCGCUGAGAGCAGGGUGCAGAUGUAUAGAACUUGAUUGUUGGGAUGGUCCAGAUGGAAUGCCAUUUAUAUUUCAUGGACACACUCUUACUACUAAAAUCAAAUUUUUGGAUGUUAUUAAAACUAUCAAGGAGCAUGCUUUUGCUACAUCUGAAUAUCCUGUUAUUUUGUCUAUCGAGGAUAAUUGUACUUUACCCCAACAACGUAAAAUGGCAACUACUAUGCAGGAAGUAUUUGGUGACAUGCUGUUAAUCCAACCUGUUGACAAGAAUGAAACUUGUCUACCUUCACCAUAUGCAUUACGUAGAAAAAUUUUGUUAAAACACAAAAAACUUCCCGAUGGUGUUGAUGAAUCCUCAUUUCUUAUUCGAAAUGAUGAAAGCAGACAAGAGAUGGAUCUCAGAAAUACUGUGAAAAAUGGAAUUCUUUAUCUGGAAGAUCCUAUUGAUAGAGAAUGGAAUCCUCAUUUUUUUGUAUUGACCCAACAAAAGUUAUUUUAUACAGAUACAUUUUCAAGAGCACAGGAAAUCGAGCACGAUGACGAUGAAGAAAACGGCGUUCGGAGAUCGUUAGAUGGUGCACCAAAUGAUGAAUUACACUUUGGAGAAAAAUGGUUUCAUGGAAAAUUAGCAAGAGGAAGAGAAGAGGCUGAAGAAUUACUACGACGUUAUUCCUAUCUUGGAGAUGGUACUUUUCUAGUACGAGAAUGUGUUACAUUUGUGGGUGAUUACUGUUUAUCAUUUUGGCGUAAAGGAAAGGUGAACCAUUGCCGUAUUAAACUGAAGCAAGAAAUGGGUCAAACGCAGUAUUAUCUUAUUGACACCAAUUGUUUUGACAGUCUGUACAGUUUAAUUACUCAUUAUCGUAAUCAUCCACUUAGAAGUCAAGAAUUUCUAAUCACGUUACAAGAACCAGUGCCUCAACCAAACAAACACGAGGAAAAAGAAUGGUGGCAUCCCGAAUGUACUCGAAUCGCAGCAGAAGAAAUGCUAAAGCGUAUACCUAUAGAUGGUGCAUUUUUAGUAAGACCUAGUGAAAGAGAAAGUAAUUGCUAUGCAAUUUCAUUUAGAGCGGAAAAGAAGAUAAAACACUGUAAAAUAAAACUCGAAGGGAGGCUGUAUACCACUGGAACUGUAGAAUUUGAGAGUUUAGUUGAAUUAGUCAAUUAUUAUGAACGACAUCCACUGUUCAAAAAGAUUAAAUUAAGCCACCCUGUUAAUCAGGACGUUAUCAGAAGAAUGAGUUUGGAUAAUGAUGAUGGAUCUGUUUAUGGUAUCCCAGGUUAUAUGGAUCCUACAAGUUUUAUAUCAAAAGUUACUGUUAAGGCUAUUUACGAUUAUAAAGCUAAAAGAGAUGAUGAAUUGACCUUAGUCAAGCAUGCUAUAAUUACUAACGUUAACCCGCAAAGCGGAGGAUGGUGGAGAGGUGAUUAUGGUGGUAAAAAACAACAUUGGUUUCCUGCUAAUUAUGUAGAACAAAUUGAUCAACAAGAAUCUCAAGGAGACUCAGCGGAUUCUAUGAUGCUUGGUAGCUUGCAAAAAGGUUCAUUAGAUAUUAUGGGUGCUGUGGUAGAAUUAACAAUUGGGGAAAGACCAGGUUUGGAAUGGAUUUUAAGAAUACAAAAUCCUAGUAUGUGUUCAGUAUUUGAAGUAGCGACGCCUUCGAAAGAUGCCGCGUUAGAAUGGAUGUCAAGUAUCAAAGAGACUGCACAAAAUGCAAGUGUUAGGGAAAGUCAACACAAAGAAAUGGAAAGAGCAUGGAGAAUAGCUAAGGAAAUGUCUAAUCUUAUAGUAUAUUGCAGAUCAGUUGCAUUUAACAUAGAACGAAUAAGAACCAAGGGAUUUACGUUCAAUGAAAUGAGUAGUUUUCCUGAAACAAAAGCCGAAAAAUUAAUGUGUCAACAAGAAAAUAAAUUUUUUAUCAAGUAUCAUCAGGUUCAAUUUAGUAGAGUUUAUCCAAAGGGGCAACGUAUCGAUUCAUCUAAUUAUAAUCCCAUACCAAUGUGGAAUUCUGGUUGUCAGAUGGUAGCUUUGAAUUAUCAAACUGGAGAUAAAUCAAUGCAAUUGAAUCAAGCUAAGUUUAAGGAAAAUGGCAAUUGUGGCUAUUUAUUGAAACCAGAAUUCAUGUUUAGAUCUGACUUCAACCCAUACGACAAAAAUACAUUGUAUGGCGUUGAAUCACUCAAAAUUAGCUUAAAAAUUAUUGGAGCGAGACAUUUAAUGAGAUCAGGAAGAGGCACUGCCAGUCCAUCCGUCGAGAUCGAAAUUAUAGGUGCAGAUUUUGAUUCUGGAACAAAAUUAACAACAAGGACGAUACAGGAUAAUGGAUUUAAUCCAAUGUGGAAUGAAACAUGCGAAUUCGAAGUAUUCAAUCCAUAUUUUGCUCUUAUACGAUUUUUAGUACAAGACGAAGAUAUGUUUGGCGACAGCAAUUUCAUAGGACAAGCUACUUAUCCUGUACGCUGUUUAAGAAUGGGAUAUAGAAGUGUUCCAUUAAAAAACAUAUAUAGCGAAGAUCUUGAGCUUGCUUCCUUAUUAAUACAUAUUGCAACUUCAUCAGUAAUGAGAAAUUUCAUUUAAAGUACAUAAUACAUAAAAUAAAGC